AGGAGCGAGAGGAGGAGGCGGCGGCGGCGGCGGCGGCGGCGGCGAGCAGUUGAUCAUUGUGAUGGUGGCAGGAGCAGCGGCGGCAGCGGCAGCCCAGCCGAGCGUUAGGGGCUGCUCUCCGCGCGGCGUUUUGCAAAGGACUUCACCGAUCUACUUUUGCAGUCGCCUCGGACUGUCCAUGUGUUUACUUCCCCCAGCCCGAGGAUUCGAUAUCUAGGUUCCUGUGAAAUGCAACUGAGCAGCCAAAGUACUUUGAGAACACGGGGCGGCAUAAACACCAAAACUUUUUUGUGGAAGGAAAAUGCAAUAAGCAAGCUUGCCGUUUUCCGAUGCGGUGUGGAGUGAGUGUGUGUCGCGCGUGUCCGCACUGGAGGCAUAUGCUUGUGUGUGUACAUGGGGUGUGUUUUUCGGUACGUAGGGAGAAAAUGCUUGCCAACUACCGGAAAUCUCCUGGAAUUUAUUAGAAAAUAAUGGAUUAUAAAAAGAAGGCAGGCGAAGAGCGGAUCUCCCCUUGAGUUGCAACCCGAUUUGCUGCUGGCUCAGUUUGUUGUGAUUCUUUUUGUUGAUAGGUGUCUGAUGGUAUUCUGAUAACACCCCCCUCUUUUUCCCCCUCGAGCUUUACAGUUUAAAAAAGGAAACAAAAAAACCACCCCAAAAUCUCUCCCCCUUUUUUUCGCCCGGCCGGGAUCGCUGUUUCCAUCCAUGUGCUUGCGUCUCCCCCGCGUUCCACUUAAACUAUUUUAAUCCUUGGACCCAAGGAGAAGGCUGAUAGGGGGUGGAUAAAAAAAGUUCUUCCAAAAUAGUGUGCCCGGGGAGCAGGAUGGGGGAUUUCGCAGCCCCCGCUGCCGCCGCGAAUGGCAGUAGUAUUUGCAUCAACAGUAGCCUGAACAGCAGCCUCGGCGGGGCCGGGAUCGGUGUGAAUAAUACUCCCAAUAGUACUCCCGCUGCUCCGAGUAGCAAUCACCCCGCUGCCGGCUGCGGUGGCGGCGGCUCCGGGGGCCCCGGCGGCGGAUCGGCGGCGGUCCCCAAGCACAGCACAGUGGUGGAGCGGCUCCGCCAGCGCAUCGAGGGCUGCCGGCGGCACCACGUCAACUGCGAGAACAGGUACCAGCAGGCUCAGGUGGAGCAGCUGGAGCUGGAGCGCCGGGACACCGUGAGCCUCUACCAGCGGACCCUGGAGCAGAGGGCCAAGAAAUCCGGCGCCGGCACCGGCAAGCAACAGCACCAGAGCAAACCCCAGCAAGAUGCGGAGGCUGCCUCGGCGGAGCAGAGGAACCACACGCUGAUCAUGCUCCAAGAGACAGUGAAAAGGAAGUUGGAAGGAGCACGAUCACCACUUAAUGGAGACCAGCAGAAUGGUGCUUGUGAUGGGAGUUUUUCUCCAACCAGCAAGCGCCUGCGAAAGGACCUUCCCACGGGGAUGGAAGCCAUCAACAGUUUGCCCAACACCAUGCCGCUGACUUCAGCUUCUCCUCUUCACCAACUUGACCUGAAGCCGUCUUUGCCCUUGCAGAAUAGCGGAACUCACACUCCUGGGCUUCUGGAAGAUCUGAGUAAGAAUGGGAGACUGCCAGAGCUUAAACUCCCCGUUAAUGGUUGCAGUGACCUGGAGGAUAACUUCACCAUCUUGCAGGGCAAGGACCUCAAACAAGAACCACUCGAUGACCCUACUUGCAUAGACACAUCAGAAACAUCUCUCUCAAAUCAGAACAAGCUGUUCUCAGACAUUAACCUGAAUGAUCAGGAGUGGCAAGAAUUAAUAGAUGAACUGGCUAACACGGUGCCUGAGGAUGACAUCCAGGACCUGUUCAACGAAGACUUUGAAGAGAAGAAGGAGCCGGAGUUCUCACAGCCAGCCACGGAGACGCCCCUGUCCCAGGAGAGCGCCAGCGUGAAGAGUGACCCGUCCCACUCCCCUUUUACACACGUCUCCAUGGGCUCUCCCCAGGCCAGGCCUUCUUCUUCGGGUCCUCCCUUUUCUGCUGUCUCCACAGCCCCCAGUUUACCUUCUGUGGCCAGCACUCCUGCGGCUCCAAACCCCGCCAGCUCCCCAGCAAACUGUGUGGUCCAGUCCCCUCCGACUCCGAGCCAAGCCCACACGCCAGGCCAAGCUCCAGCCCGGCCUGGAAAUGGUUAUCUCCUUAACCCUGCGGCAGCGACGGCGCCCGGUUCAGGGUCGGGCCCGGUGGCCGUGCCCAUCGACCUGUCUCCAGCAGAGCAGCUCAAGCAGAUGGCGGCGCAGCAGCAGCAAAGGGCCAAACUCAUGCAGCAGAAGCAGCAGCAGCAACAACAGCAGCCACAGCAACACUCCAAUCAGACUGCAAGUUGGUCUCCUUUGGGGCCUCCAUCCAGUCCAUAUGGAGCAGCUUUCACGGCGGAAAAACCAAAUAGCCCCAUGAUGUACCCCCAAGCCUUUAACAACCAAAACCCUAUAGUGCCUCCGAUGGCGAACAACCUGCAGAAGACGACAAUGAAUAACUACCUCCCUCAGAAUCACAUGAACAUGAUCAAUCAGCAGCCAAAUAACUUGGGUACAAACUCUCUGAACAAGCAGCACAAUAUUCUCACUUACGGCAACACGAAGCCUCUGACCCAUUUUAACGCAGACUUGAGUCAGAGGAUGACCCCCCCGAUGGCCAAUCCCAACAAAACCCCCCUGAUGCCCUACAUCCAGCAGCCGCAGCCCCCACCGCAGCCGCAGCAGCAGCCCCCGCCGCAGCUCCAGGCCCCCAGGGCACACCUGAGUGAGGACCAGAAACGCAUGCUUCUCAUCAAGCAGAAGGGGGUGAUGAAUCAGCCCAUGGCUUACCCUGCCCUUUCAGCCCACAGUCAGGAGCAGCACCCAGUCGGGCUUCCCCGGACCACGGGCCCCAUGCAGUCCUCCGUGCCCCCAGGCUCGGGUGGUUUGGUCUCCGGAGCCGGUCCUACGGGGUCUGGCUUCCUGGGCAGCCAGCCCCCGGCGGCUAUCAUGAAGCAGAUGCUCAUUGAUCAGCGGGCCCAGUUGAUGGAGCAGCAGAAGCAACAGUUCCUGCGGGAGCAGAGGCAGCAGCAGCAGCAGCAGCAGAUUCUUGCCGAACAGCAGCUGCAACAGCCACAUUUACCCCGGCAGCACCUCCAGCAGCAGCGGAAUCCAUACCCAGUGCAGCAGGUCAACCAGUUUCAAGGGUCUCCCCAGGAUAUAGCAGCCGUGAGAAGCCAGGCAGCCCUCCAGAGCAUGCGAACGUCACGGUUGAUGGCACAGAAUGCAGGCAUGAUGGGAAUGGGACCCUCCCAGAACCCAGGGACAAUGGCCACAGCAGCAGCCCAGUCGGAGAUGGGACUGGCCCCUUACAGCACCACACCUACCAGCCAACCCGGAAUGUACAAUAUGAGCACAGGAAUGACCCAGAUGUUGCAGCACCCAAACCAAAGUGGCAUGAGUAUCACCCACAACCAAGCCCAGGGGCCGAGGCAGCCCACCUCAGGGCCAGGGGUCGGGAUGGUGAGUGGUUUUGGUCAGAGCAUGCUGGUGAACUCUGCCAUUACCCCACAGCACCAGCAGAUGAAGGGGCCUGUAGGCCAGACCUUGCCCAGGCCCCAGGCCCCACCAAGGCUGCAGAGUAUUAUGGGAACAGUCCAGCAGGGGACACAGAGCUGGCAACAGAGGAGCUUACAGGCAAUGCCCGGGAGGACUAGUGGAGAAUUAACAUCCUUCAACAACGGCACCAGCUACCCGUUACAAGCUGGCCAGCCGAGGCUGACCAAGCAGCACUUCCCCCAGGGACUGAGCCAGGUGGUGGAUGCUAACACUGGCACCGUGAGGACUCUCAACCCAGCUGCCAUGGGCCGGCAGCUGAUGCCACCGCUCCCGGGGCAGCAAGGCACGGGCCAGGCCAGGCCGAUGGUCAUGUCUGGCCUAAGCCAGGGCGUCGCUGGCAUGCCAGCAUUCAGCCAGCCCCCGGCACAGCAGCCCAUGCCCGGGGGCAGCUUUGCUCCGAGCAGCCAGAGCCAAGCCUACGAGCGAAACCCCCCUCAGGACAUGUCAUACAAUUACAGCAGCGAUGCCCCUGGGCCUUCCUUCCCAGGCCUCUCGGACAGUGCCGAUCUCAUGGACUCCAUCAUCAAAGGCGGGCCAGGGGAUGAGUGGAUGCAGGAGCUCGAUGAACUGUUUGGAAACCCCUAGUCAAGAGGGACCCUGAGAGCCAAAACCCUAGUGGUUAAAGCUUCCACCUUGAAAAAGAAACAGGAUGUGGACUCAUCCUUGUUUUUUUUGUUUGUUUUUUUGACCCAUGUAAACUGAGCAGAACUGCAGCCGGCUGACAGUGGAAGGUCCAGGUACCAAUCCCCAGCCCUGCUGGGCUUUGUUCCACCCAGCAAUCAAGACAGACACCUUGCCAAUCCCGCUGCAAGAGAGGGAGCCGCACAGGAGGCAAGUGGAGAGAUGAGUCCACGGCCCCUCUGCUUGGCCCUGCCUGCGAUCGCCUAGCCUAGCAGAGCCGCUCCAGCCAAGACAGACUGCUGCCUGACGUGCGGUGGCUGACAGCCCCUCCUGGCCCUGGUCCAGGGGUCACAGCGCUGGAGACACAGAGGCGAGCGAGCCGGGGGUGGAGGAGAGGCCCCCCUGAGGCGGCUGCACGCACUGAACUCUGACUGCAAGAAAAGGCUGGCCUUCAAGACAUGCCACUGGAUUUGGAGGGCAGGCGAGAAGACCAGAGAGGUGUCGCCAGAAGACACAGGCUCCACAGGCCUGUCUCCCCCCCAUGAUGACUCUCAGGAAUGUUGGAGACGUUGCCUCACAAGGAUCACCAAGGGAGCUUGGAGAAAGGUCCUGCAGUCCUGGGCAGGCAGCCCUCUGCUGGUGACCAUGGUGGCCGUCGCUGCAGGGAGCUGGGCUGGAGCCUCCUGGGGGCCUGGUACAACCAGAUACAUCUCAGCAGUUCUCAUCGACUCCUGGAGGCCACAGGCUGGGAGGCCACAGGCUGGGGAGGCCCCAGCUGGACACUGUGUCUGCCAGCACCCCCGCCUCUCCCCUGUUGCCCCACCGCAGCCUGCCCCUGCUUCUCCUUGCAGACUAUCCAAGAAGAAAUGAAGCUUUUGUCUUCAGGGAGCCUGGGCAGAGGCAAAAUAAAAGCAAGAAGCACCUAGACAAGCCUGAUAUGCAGGAAGCGACACUGGAGUUCUCUGCCUGGCACUGAGUGACCGCCCUGCUCCUGAGCAGUGGGUUUACAUGAGCACGUGAUGCCUCUGGGAAACCAGGGAGGGACUGGUCUGGAUGGCGCCGGCUGUGGCUCCCUUGGGAAACCUCCCAGGAGUGAGGCCCUAAAAUCGGCCUGGCCCUUCAUCCCUGCUCACUAGAAAGACAAAGCUCAAACCCUGAAAGAUGAGGAAUUGAAAAUUCAAUUGCUCUGCUUCACACUUUUUGAUGAUAAGAAGGAGGAAGGGAUGGUUCCUUCCCAGUGGCAGAAUGAUCCUUUCGUGAAGUUCUGUAGAGUUGUUCUCUUUGUAAUUCGCUCACCUUGGCACCUCACUGAAGUCUGUCGGGAGGGGUCACCCACCCCGACUGGCAACUGCCGUGAGGCUUGUCUCAGCCCUCCUUGCCUCCCCUCCUGCUGUCCAGGUUUGCAGGCCACGUGGCACAGCCAUUGUCCUGAGUGAGAGAAGCGAGUGUUUUUCUCCUGCCACCCCUCCCCUCUGUGUCCAAAGGCAGGCUCCCCUCUGCACACUCACGUGUAACUCAGCGCUGCAGAGCCCCAGCGCAGCUCCGGGAGCAGGUCCUGGGAGCGGGGUUCGAAGGAAGAGCUGGGGCAGAGGAGGUAGAGGCAGGGGCAGCCCGGCAAACCCUGCCCUUGACUUGCUCACCCAAUGCCAAGGUCACAGGGCUACUCAGAGCAAGGGACCGGGCGGGGCUGUGUUCCCUCUGGGAAGAGGUGGUGGCAGGGUGACCGAGAACUCCCUGUGUGGGGAGGGACCCACCAGGGAAUGUCUUGAGUGGCCAGGGAUGAUAACCAAAAACAGAAGUAAACCAACGAGAAGACAGAAUAUAUAAUUACCUUUUUCUGAAAGGUCCAAGAAAUAAAUCUCUAAGCAACGAUGGAAAACUGGAGGCGGUGAGGGAGGGGGAAGGGGGGCUCCAUUAUCUUUUAGAAGCUUCCUCCAAAUGCUCAGUACUGGGACCAAGUAAAUAGAGGUAGAUUUUAAUAAGGUGGUUUUGUUUUGUUUUUGUUCUUACUAAGGUGCUGAUGUACAUGUAAUGUCUAAAAAAAAAAAAGUUAUUUGUAAAUAAGUUUUUACAAUACUUCAGAUAUCACUGGGUCUACUAUCUGUAAAAAAAAUAUAUAUACAUAUAAAUAUAUAUAUACCGUUUGUUUAAAAUAGAGUAUUUUUAUUUCAUUCCUUAACUCAUCAUCCCAGCAGUGGUAUUUGCACUUCAGAGGACAUCGAAUUACUAAUUUGUACUGGAUGACCUACGGCAACUUCCCCCAUUUUCUUCAGAUUUUUCUAGUUAUCUGUUUUUACUUUGUACAUUGAGCAUCGCUUAUUUCCUUUUAAGAAAUGUACAGAACUGAAGUGUAGAAAUGAAGUGAUGUUGACCUACCACUUUUAAAGAAAAACAAAAAAACAAAUAAAAGAUCAUUAUCUGAACCAA